GUUAGUCUAUUUAUAAGAAGAGUAAUUGCUGAUAUGAGAUGGGAGAAAACUUACGCGCGAAACCUACAGUAGAAUAACGCAAACGCAAGGCUUCGGCUCGUAUGCAAGUGCAACUUGGCGAAAUUGCGUCUGGCUUCGGCGGGUGAAGAAUUAUCCCUCAUAUGGAUUUUAGGGAGAGUGAGUCCAUUUAAAACAUCCCAUGUUCGUCUGACAUUAAACAAAAAGGCGCAUGGUUGUCUGAAGUGACGUCUCAGGGCGAUAUUGAAGAUUCUGCGUGAGGUUAGAUUGCAGCCAGACCCAAAUGAAAUGAGUGGCUGACGACUGACCUCUCACUCGCUGCACCACCACCACCAGCAACCUGUAGCAUCAAAACCAGUGCCUCUUCACCAGCCUGAUUCACAAACACACACCCACCCACGGACACACAGUUACCCAACAGAACACCAUCAGACUGUGACAUCAGGUGCAAGGGGAUGACCGAACGCAUUCACCACAUUAAUCUCCACAACUUUAGCAAUUCUGUACUCGAGACCCUCAAUGAACAGCGGAACCGCGGGCACUUCUGUGACGUGACUGUUCGGAUCCACGGUAGCAUGCUGCGAGCUCACCGUUGCGUGCUGGCUGCGGGGAGCCCCUUCUUUCAGGACAAGCUGCUCCUGGGCUACAGCGACAUCGAGAUCCCCUCUGUGGUUUCCGUGCAGUCGGUCCAGAAGCUGAUCGACUUCAUGUACAGCGGUGUGCUGCGCGUCUCCCAGUCCGAGGCUCUGCAGAUCCUCACGGCCGCCAGCAUCCUUCAGAUCAAGACCGUCAUCGAUGAGUGCACCCGCAUAGUUUCGCAGAAUGUCGGCAUUGGCGGAUCCAGCAGCUUUCCCGUGGUGCCGGGCGACUCGGGGCAGGAGACGCCGCGGGGAACUCCAGAGUCUGGCACGUCAGGUCCCAGCAGCGAUGCAGAAUCGGGCUACAUGCAAACGACGUCCCAGAGCCUGGAUCGCGUCUAUUCCUCGCUUUAUUCCAGCUGCUCGGGGUUGGGCCUGCAAAACGGUACCCGCGGAAACCGCUCCCACUACGGUACAGCCGUUGUGUCCAGCUACGAAUCGCCCCUGCCGCUACAGCCGAAGGAAGGAGGGCAGGACCCCGCCUGGAUCACCCGCAUCCACGAGCGUUCCCAGCAGGUGGAGCGCUUACUGUCCGCGUCCGAGACCACGCACUGCCGCAAACAGCCUCGUCCUGUGAGGCUCAACCCUGGCGACGUUCACAUCAAGCAGGAACAGGGGGACGAGUACAGCUGCUACGGCCUGGAGGACUGUCGCGAGGACGGCGAGCAGCCGGAGUGCAACGAGAGCGAGCCCAAAGGGGAAAGCUUCGAUUCGGGCGUCAGCUCCUCCAUCGGCACCGAGACCGACUCCGUCGAGCAGCCGUUCCUGUCCUCGUUCGGCCGAGAGAAUUGUCAGAACAGGGGCCAGCAGGGUGGGAGCGAGACUCCCGUGCAGAUUGAGGUCAACGACUCAUCACCCGAGCAGACUCAAGAGGUCAUCGAGCAGGAAAGUGGUGAACUCGGAGUCCAUCAGCCGCCUCAAGCCAACUUCGCGGCGUCUCAGUCCAUGCAAGGCGGCCAGCUGUACUUGCGGCCAGGCGACCCGCUUUCCAGCAACCAGCGCAUGCCCCUCACCUUGACCAGCAACACCCAGGUAAUGGGAUCACCGGGCAACAAUUACCUGCCCACGCUCUUCGCCGCCCAGUCCGCCAGCGACAACAAGCCUUUCCUCUUUAGUCUGCCCCAGUCUAUCGGGAGUCAGCAGCCGCAGUUUGUGGCAGUGCCCUCCCCUGGCAUGCCCCCGUUUCCCAGCGGGCUGACGGUGCCGCCGACUGGAGGUCAACAGCAAGGUCCUGGACCCAUCAUACAUCAUGGGGAAAAGAAGCCGUAUGCUUGUACGCUCUGUAGUAAGACCUUUACUGCCAAACAAAACUACGUCAAACACAUGUUCGUGCACACCGGUGAAAAGCCGCACCAGUGCAGCAUCUGCUGGCGUUCGUUCUCGCUGAAGGAUUAUCUCAUCAAACACAUGGUCACGCACACCGGCGUGCGAGCGUACCAGUGUAGCAUCUGCAACAAGCGCUUCACGCAGAAGAGUUCGCUCAACGUCCACAUGCGCCUCCACCGCGGCGAGAAGUCCUACGAGUGCUACAUCUGCAAGAAGAAGUUUUCCCACAAGACCCUGCUGGAGCGCCACAUGGCCCUGCACAGCACCGGCACCGGCGUCUCCGGGGUGAACGCGGCGGGGAGCGGCGGAGGCCCCGCGUCUAUCCCCGUCCCCAUGGCAGUUCCUGAGCCCGGAGCGGGCGUGGUUGCCCUGGCCAUGCCGGUGGGAACGGGCGGUGCCGGGGGCGGAGUCGGGAGCGCCGGAGUGGGCGUGGCGGCGGAAGCCAGCUGCCAGGAGGGGACCACCUACAUGUGCUCCGUGUGCCCCGUCAAGUUCGACCAAAUCGAGCACUUCAACGACCACAUGCGCAAGCAUGUCUCCGACGGAUAAGUACAAACAAACAAAAAAACUUACAAGAGAAAGAAUGACAUGAUAACGAAAAUGGCACUAGAUUUUUUUUGUUUCUUAUAUUGGGGCAUGAAGAGUAAUGAGUAUAGACACUGGCACAUUAAGUUUUCUAGAAAAAGAAGCGUUUAAUUUCUUUUCUUUUUUUCGUCCUUGCUAUUCUUAAAGAAUAAAAAUGAUGGUUGCCUUAAGGCUGUGUAGUUGGAUAAUGAUCCACUGGCUGGAUCCAUACUACUGGCCUCUAAAUGUAUGCUUUCCUUAAAAUACUGAUUUACGUGUUGAACACUACCGAAAGGCCUGCGAAAGAACACACACACACACACAUGAGAAAAGAAAACAGAUUCACACAUCGACACGAACACACACGGCCAUGCAUGCACUCAGACGCACAAAUGACCUAUACACACACACACACCCCUUACACUUAUAUAUGGUAGAGGUAUUUUGUACGUUUGUGUAUUUGUGCAUGUGAGCGUGCGUGUGCGCAGAAAUAAACAUUGCAGUGAAUUUUUUUAACUUGUAGAUCUUUUCCCAUGUAGACCGUAUUGGACACUAUAAACGUCCAAGCUUACUGUGGUAUAGAUUUAAAAACAAACCAACAAACCAACGAAAAAAAAAACGUCAUUUGGCUCUAGAUUCAUUCUGAAGUACCGAUGGUCACGUGUUUGCCUUUUAUGUGUGCUAAGAAUAAGCGAGUUGUUUCGAUUGACACUGGGUUUUUAUUUAUUAUUAUAUGGCAUUGAGGGAUGUCGUUGUUGUCAAGCCAGUUUUAAUAAUUGUACUAAAACGAACAUUUUUUUUGUAAGUGGUUUUAUUAUUAUCGUUUUUUCUCCCACGACACUUUUUCGAUGGUCAAGUUUACAAAAAAGCGUUUAUAAAUGACAGUAUUCAAGAUUUCCGAUGCGUUUCGCAUACACUGCCACUGCGAAGAAGACUGUUAGUCGACCUCUUCCACUUCAAAACGAAAUGUGACGCAAAGUUCCCGUUUUAUUCGGGACGAUCGAUUCGUUCUUCUCAUUUACUCCACGCUUCUGUUUCAAACUGACGACGAAAAAAGGAAAACGGCAGAUGUUUGUAUGCAAACGGGCCCACAAUCCAAGUCACCUGCUGCUCGACACAUGCUCACUUUGAGACUGUUAUCAGCGUGAUGCGGACAUCACUAUCAUUAUCGUGGACGAAACUCUGUAUUUUCUGUCGACCGUGUUGCGGCGGCGGCCGUUUGGGGUCUCAGAGGGGCGCUUCAAAUGCACUACUCCUGUUCCUAAAGCCCCUCGCGACGGCUCCGGCGGCCGUCGCGGUUUUACGCCCGACAGGAUCUGCAGAUGGCGUUAGAGAGUAAUGGACGGAUAUACUAGGGACACAAGGCAACCAAAAACAUCUACUGAACCACAAUAAAUCAAACACGGUCAUUCUUCUAUAAUAUACCGCAGGUUCACAGACACAAAACAAAUAAGAAACAUUCCCAGUUUUAUCGACAUAGUGUGUGUCGAGUGUACUUCAGAAGGGUUUGUCAUUUUGGUGUAACGUCACUCAAAUGCUCAGUGUUCAUGUUUGGCUUCGUCGUACACGUGUUUCACGGACAUAAGAGACUCACUUGUCUGCCGCGCAACUGCAAUCUGGCUACUUUUGCUCACUUGCUCGAGUAGGUACACCUUUGUAGUGUAGUUCAAAUGAUGACAAACGUACACAAUUCAUGUUGGACAUUUUCCUGUUGGGAAUCUGCUCGAGUUGUAGUUUUAAGAGAGAAAAAAAACAGUGCUACUUUGCACAAUCCUGUGCUUAAACGUUGAAUUGUUUUACUUAUGAAAUGAAAUUCUAUGAUUUUCAUUUUUUUGUUUUCAUUGUUUAUAAAGGAAAUAUCUUUCUUAAAAGCUUGAUAAGAGGACUGCAUUGUUUUCUUGCAUAUAUGUUGCACUGCUUAAACCAAUAAGUGCACUACUGUUACCAGAGAUAUUCUAGUUUCUAGAGAUAAUCAUUUUUUUUAUUAUUAUCAAAUAUUUGUUCCUAUAGUUCACUUGUGUUUUAGUUGCUUUGUUCCUUUUUAUUUCUUUUUUUGUUUUGUUAUUGUUGUUGUUUAGAUGACGAGAUGAUUAAAUUUGUCUUGGCUUUGUUAUCAUCACUUGCUAUUGUAUUUACUUUGUGCUGUUUAUGCAAGCAUUGUUUUCUUUAUUUAUAUUCAAUUCUAUUGUGAGCUCGCCCCCGGUCAGGCGCUUACGAUGCCUUCCUUACACCCCCUAUCUCCAUCACAGCAGUUAAUUCAUUCAAGCAAAUGCUCGGUUUUCUCAUUCAUACCAAUCCUAUUAAAAAACUUAAAAAUCCAAAAAAAGGAAAAAAAGAAUCGUAGUGUGUGCCUAAAUAUAUGAUUCAUGUGUUUUAGAACAAGUAUGUUUCUAUGAGAGGGUUGUAGUGCAAAGCUUUUUUUGCUGUCUAGGGAUCAAACACAUUUACUUGGGUGUGUGUGUGUGUGUGUGUGUGUGUUUAUUCCUGUAGUACGUCUCGAUGUCUGUGUUGUACAAUCUGUGAUGCCUGGACUGUAGGGCUUCCUUUGCAAUAUGCAGUACAGGUACGGUGACAACAUUUUACUUACUUAGGAGUGCAUUUGGUAUUUUUCUCAAGAACAAUCAUUUCUGUAUUUCCCGAAGUAAACAACAUGUCACUUGUUAAGGCCCUGCUGUACGCCUGUAUGAUACGACCCAGCAUUGAGCGUUUGGUAAAAAAUCAGAUCUCACAGAAAUUCGUAACUAUUUUACGAGGUGGCAAAUUUGUACGAAUUCGUACUAUGUAAAUGAAUUGUUGGGAAAAAAUGGUUAAAAAAAAGCAGAUCGUUAACAAACAUUUUUAUUUGUCACUUUGUAAAAUUACGAAUUACUGUAAGUUGAGCAAAAACAUCCCUUUUUAUUUGACUACAGGCUAUGUCGGAUGGGUUUUGAGGGUUGGCCGUGUGUUUGUCGCUCUCUUCGUUCAGAUAGUUGCGUUGAAUGACAGAGCGCGUUGGUUAUAUUUGACCCUGCCGUCGGUUUUUUGACAACAACCGAGAUUAUUGAUUGUGGAGUCGGUUGUCAGUUCUCGUUUGUAGUUGUGUUGAUAGUAGUCGACAUAUGCGCAAAUCAAAAGUGUAAAAUUUGGCAGGAGUUAAUAUUCAUUUUUUCGUGGUAAGUUGAAAAACGCAACUGUGUCAAAAAUGUCGAUUCACACGUACGUAACGCUGUAGCAAAAGAUACAAGCAGGGUCACCCAGCAAACGCAUUAACAUUUCUACACAUUAAUGUUCUUAAAAAAGCACUUAAAAAAUAUGAAUCAAUGUCACUUCCAAAUAUUUCUUAUUUUGGCUGUGUCCUCACUGAUAGCCUUAAAGAUAUUUGUAAAAAAAAACAGCAACCAAAUGCACUAUUACUUGUAAAGGUGCCGAUAGUUUUGGUUUCUUUACACAAGGGAUAUAUUUAAGAGAAGGGCAGAGAAAAGAAUCAAGACUACAAAUACCAUCCUCGCAAUACAGUAUUGGACAGUUGUUUAUGAAGGACGUGUCGCUAACUUACAUGCAAAUACAAAUUUCUCCGCUCACGUUCGUAUGGAUUCAUAACCGCCGAUUCAUGUAUAAAAAAUCUUGCUUGUGUUGAAGUGCUACAGUACAAUAAUUCCAACAUUAUUGUGACUCUGUGUUUGUUCAUAUAUAUAAGGAAAAACGACAAUAACAGAAAUCAUUUUAUUUCACCGAGACUUUGUAGUUUGUGAAAGUGUAAACGCUGCACGAUGAUGUUUAGACACAAUUCAAAAGCUUAUAUGUCGCGUCAAUGAUCACUUUCAUCGCAUCUCGACCGGACGACGUUCUUCUCAGCGUUACGGCGAACACUUUAGUGUCUAAACCUGAUAGACUUUUUUACAUUACUUACAGUAUAUAUUUACGAGUCAUAAACGUAGACGUAGCUCUUAUUUUUUGUUUCUGUUGUCGCUUCAAAUGGUAAUUUUAGAUUGCAUAUUAAUUUUCUACAGUGUACAGUAUAGAUACAGCAUACCGAUAAGUUUUUGUUGUAGGACUACCCCGUACCUUUUCCCUUGCUAUUCAACGAUGGUACUUUUUUAAUUGUUUGUUUAUGAAUAAUAUCUAUUUCUAGUUAAAGCUUUCGGGUGUAGAAAGACUUCAUUGCUAAUAUUUAUGCGGGAGCAAAAGAUGUUGCGCUCUCUUGACAGAAUGACUUGGAACAGUUAAAUGAGUUGUUAUAUCGUAUGCUCAGAGUCAAUAUGUAUAAUAUAAUAUAUAUGUAUAAUAGUGGUUUGAGUAAACCGCGCUGGAUUUGAAUAAAUUCCCCGAUCGAACCUAACGUUGCUGCAUUAAAAUCUUUCAUCUGGCAAUUCUUUUUGUUUCAACAACUUGAUCUUCUCAUUUUAAAACGACAGGAGAUCUCUUCAUCAGCAUCUUUAAGAAGUACUGUAACCAAAACACACCACCUAACACUGUACGCGCCGAGUUUUACGAUGCCUCUCCUUUGUAGAAGACAAAAAAAUGAAGUGCCUCUUUUUACAGUUCCAAGCUUACAAUAAUACUGUUGUUUUUAUUCUAAUAUAUGAAUACGUCACGAAACGAAAACAAUUCACUGCCUAAAACGAAUCGCAUACAUGAAUAUGAACUCAACGUGCAAAGUUUGAUGACGACUACCAGCAAUAAGUUAUGAAACAAAUAAAAAAAAACACAAACACACAUUUGAGGAACAUUAUUAAGUAAGGGUGUUUUAUUCUCUUUUAACCCCUGAAAUCACCAAAAUAACACGUUUUAUACUACAAUAUACUGCGCUAUAUUGUUUCCAAAGUGCCCCAGUUCAAAUGAAUAAUAAUAAAAAAAACAUGUGCGAAUACAUUUCAGUUUGGUUUCGUGUUUUUCGAAUUGCCUUUUGCUUAAAUGCGUCACAUAUUUGAAAUGCCCAGUGUGAAACGUCUGCGUUUUCACUCUGCGGUUUAUUGGACCCAGUUUGUCCAAAUCCAUUUGUUCUUCCUGCCGUUCUCGAAUGGUUCGUACGACCGUCGUAAUAUCGUGAGUGCCGUACUCGAUAUUGUGAUGUGCGUGUGAACAGAGGUCCCAUUUUUCAUUGUUCCAAAAGAUUCGAGAGAGGAGAUUUCACAGACGUUCAAGAGAAUUACAGUCAACUUGUUUUGGAGAAAUGAUUCCAGUUUGAAGCUUUGUAGUCAGAAAACACCCAACCAUAUCACACGUUCAAUUCCAAAUGACAGCCAAGCGUUCUUCUUUUUUCCCCCAGAGGUUCCAUACGUUAGCAUGCUUCGUGUCGUCUUUCCUACUCUAAUCUACAGUACAGCUCUGAAUGGUUUUCACUAAUGAUUCUACGAUAUUCUUCUGCUUGUAUCAUACGCUCGAAUCCAAAGACGAAGCAUUUACUCUAUUUAUGACUACAAAGUGUGUUUGUUUUUUCAGAAACGAUAGAAAGCUAUACAUAUAUUUACAGAUUUUUACAGGAGAAGCAAGCAAAGUAACAUAAUAUCUUCAGAUGAAUCGUAUAUUUAUGAUAGUUCAGAUACCUGCAGUUUCUUUACGGAUGGAACGCGCUGGCCGGUCAAUGACACCAAUCCUGUCGCUGUGUUUGAGGAAAACAUGCGUGUGUCACGUGCAUGUUAAAGAUGACUUGUCAUUCACAACUUAAACCUGUGAGCUUGUUUGUUUGGGGUUCUGAUAGUCAGCGUGUUUUAGAAAGACUCACUUUGUAGUUAAGGGUCCGGGGGGCUUUCAGAGGAGGGCAGAUGAUGAUCUUUCAACUCGAUGGUGAGUGAGCAGUAAUGAUGAUGAUGGUGGCAUGUAUUCUGCAUGUUUUGUGCUCUCUAUAUCUCCCACAUGUACCGGCUUCUGACUAUCUGUUGGGUUUUUGUACGACACCCGUAUGUUCUCAACUUAACCAUCGGUUAAACUAACAGAGUUUGUUCUGCCACUAUGGUGCCUGAGUGUAAAUAAACAAAUACAGUUUCAUAUCAAUUCAUUCGGGAUGAAUAUCUGGUGUGAAUUUUAAAAUCAAACUAUUGCUGUGAUAUUAUAGAACGUCCCAUAUAGCGUUUAAAAAACGACAGGUGAUAAUGUCAUUCGUGAUGUGAAAGCCGCCAUACACAGGGUUGAGCAAAAUUCUGAUUUUAAGAAUGAAAUCCUUUUGUUUUUGUCAAAUGUAAAUUUGCUCAUGCUUUCCAAUGGUAGUUACUGAAAGCAAAAUGACAAAAAAUUUGUCGUAUACACAUAUUAAUCGCACGAAACACACAUGGAUCAAUUUUAAAUAAUAGUCAUAUUUAUUUUGUCAUUUUUCAGCAGAUUAGAUAUGUUUUGCAAAAAUGCAGCAAAAUGUGGACAAGCGGCAGUUUGAACAUUCAUUUACAAAUGUCAUGUAGAAAAACGUGUGCGUGUAUCAUAAAAAAGAGAUCUUCACUGAAAAAUAGAUGAAAACGACUACUUGCAACACAUUUCAAUUGAAAAUGUUUUUUUACCAUUUUAUAAUUCAAAAUGUAUAACAGCAUUAUUGUGAACUGUCAACCUUGUUACUGCUGCCUGACAUUGACAUGAGUUUAUGACUUCUCCAUUUUUCAUACGCUCCAAAACAUAAAUAUUGUGCUUUUAACACGCUGCACAAUCUGUAUAAUCAGAUAUGUUUGUGGACGUUAAUGCAGAUUGGUAGAUUUGCUCACAGGAGAAAACUGCUGACAUUCAUUAACAUUACUAACUCAAUAUGAUUUACACAACACUGUAAAUCUAUGUACACGCAGCCUCUUCUCCCAUUUUCAUUUUUUCGAUAAAUCGCGUUUUAAUUCUACGGAUCUCAUAGAAAUAAACCUCAUUGUAGAUACAUAAUAUAAUAUCUAAGUGGAAUGCUUCAGUCACCCAACAUCUCUCUCUCUCUUUCUUUGUAUAUACAAACAUGUUCGUGUACGUGUGACCUGCUCCAUUAUUUUGGGUCAAUCUGAUGAAGAAACACAUUUGGGUUGAAUACACUAAAGUCUCAGCUUUUCACAUAGAGAUAAAGAUGAUGAUUUAAACGCAGGCUGAAAUUGAAAAGAAGCAUUUUUAACAGUAUUCAACUUAAUUGUUAAACAAAAUAAUGAAGACGCACGCCAUCAACUGUUUUUUUUUACGUUAUCUGAAUUUUUUAAAAUUUUUCAGAGGUACAGCCAACAUUAGUUGUUUACAUCACGACAUCUACGCGCGUGUGCCGACUAUCAGCCAAUCACAUUUAUCUUAAUAGAUAUUCACGUUUCAUUUUAUUUAAAGGAGAGAGGAUUGAAAGCUGAGACUUGAAACCAAAAUUCAAGUUUUUCAUAAGAAGCCAUUAUAAACGGCCCCUUGUUCUUGCUGUACACGAUGGAACGUACGGUUUCACUUCAUCUUCACAUAUUUAUCCGCUUUUCUAAGAAUCGUACAUACUUCUAUACGAACGCAUUGCAAAUGUGACACUAAAGUUAGGUACAUUGACCUAUUUUUCUUCGCCAGAUGCGUGUGAUGAUAUACAGUAUUAGUGCAUAUAGUAGAUUAGUGUGUCAAGACAGAUCAUGAAAAUAAUAUUUUCAUUUGUUAAAUAAUUUUGUGUGUUUCCAACUCAAGCCCAUCUUUCUUUAUUCACGACGCUUAGAUUUCUCUCUCUCUCUUUCUCAAGUGCUGAAUUGAUGUUUGAAGCGCGGCUGCAUUUAGACAAAUCUGUUGAAAUCCUUUCAUUCAGUAAAGCUCAUUGUCUAUUUUCCUCUCAGUUUAAUAGAGAAUACAGGAAUCAUCACAUUAAUUCUAAAUGGCUUGAGCAAAUCCUGUGAGGUUUUGUGUAACUAGUGUUUUAAUGCUUAGUGUACAUAACCUUAACUGUAACAAAAAAUAAUAUGCAAAACCCUGCUUAUAGACUUCAAUCUGAACGCUUUCCAGGUUUUAAAACACACAUGCUGCAAUCCAUAGACGAUUUGUCGACCAAUAAUGUCCAAACAAAAUAUUUCAAUUUUAUUAUUUUUAUAAAGCCUGUUGAGAAUGUUCGCAUCACAUCAUAUAAUCAUUCAGACAACGGUUCACUUUGAUUUCUUUUCUUUUUCUUUAAACCUUUGUUUGAAUUCUUGUUGUACCAAAUGUGCUGAUGCCUGAGCAACACGAAGUUAAAAAGAGUCCAACGUCUCAGACAUAUUUGGCAUACCCGCUGUAGUCAAAACGUUUAUUCAAAUGAAAUAAAAGCCUGCUGUACCGUGGCUCUAAAAAAUUCCUUUUGACACCAAAGAUUUUUUGGAAGAUCUAUGAAAGAAAUGUGAAAACGUCAAACGGUAUUUGGCUGAAAUGCGGUUGUGCGUGGGUUCUAUACAUGCAGACCACAGUUUCGAUGUUUUAUAGACAUGUGAUAAAACAGAAAGAUUUCACAUUUGUUUUCAAUUCCAAGAUUUCAGUUUUAUAAGAGUUUUACCCCAUCUGCCCUUUCAUUGCUUGCUGUUGUUUUUGCUUUAAUUCUUCCUCCUUCAGUAUUCCAGAUUCUCUGCUAACAGUACAGUGGAUUCUGACAUUCACAUUGGACUUGUCAAGAUGGACCAAGCCGUUUAUCUGUUGUGUUUGCACGGAUCUGUCAAUGUUAGCUUUUUCGUUUGGAAGCUCCUGCUCAUAUAUUUCAUUACCCACCCAAUCAUCCACCCAUAAAACAUCUUUCAAACCGAUUUUCUGCCUUUUGAUUUUUUUUCCAUGUCCAUUUCAUGUCGCGUUACUGGAAUAAUUUAGAAAACAACUGAGUGGACAUUUACUUGCCGUCAUUUCAGAUUGAAGGACCAAAUUCCCUCUUUUGUUUUCUAAGUAACACAAAUGCAAUGUGAAUAUCUGUACGGAUAAGAACCCAAUGUGAUGUUAUUCUGCAGAUCUGUUGGGAUUCAUCAUUACAUACAUACAACGUUUUUUGUGCUUUACCGUUGACAUGUAGGUGAGCAGGGUUUUAGUUGAGUUAAACCCACACAUUUGGUAUCUGUCACUGUUUACAGCCAUAUCUUUUAUGUCUUUUGGGUUCCUGUUGUUUUCUUUCAUUGCAUAUUUUCUUUUCACACAUUUCAAUUCAAGUUCAUACAGAAGCAUGAAAAACUGAGCAAAGGUGGAGCUGUGGUAGUGAAGGUAUUAAACAUCGCACAGUAUUCAAACAUUCAUCCUAACAUGGGAAGUCCUUAAAGUUACAGACCUGAAGAGAGAGACAGACCAUAUCAUGGAAGUAUAGAGAGGACCAUUUACGUGAACAUCAGAAGAGUUUAAUUAUUGUAAAUAACGGAUCGCUUUGUAAUAUACCUGCUGUUAGAGAUAUGGAAUAAGGACUUGUUCAGUGUGCGUUAAAGGCCUUUUUAUUCUUAUGUCAGACACUGGAUUAGACUGGUUUUUCGAAAAAUCCAAAGUUUUGUUUUUGAUCUACAUGUGAGACCCGGAUACAGAACGAUUCUGCCCAACAGAUUCAGCCGCUCAGCCACACUCGACGGUCUCCAAACCAACAAAAACCUUUAAAUCACCGCCAUACCAUAACCACCAUCUCCCUUUGUAAAAGAAUCGCAAAACCACUCAACUAAUUCAGUACGAGGCAUGACAGAAACCACUAAAAAUAAAUCAGACGACCAGAAUUCCUGUAGCAAUCCUCAUUGACUUCAACCCAGUUACCACUCGUCAACCAAGAAAAGACUUUUGCACUAAAACGAUUCUUGAGUCUUCUUUGAGAAAUAGCAAUAGAACGCGUCACGCGCUUCAAAACCAACAAAACCAGAAAAUGUUUCUGCGCCCUUAAAUGACGCUGUUUAUUUCUAAACAGGCACAAUUGAGAACAUGUGUGAUGAUGGUGAGGCCGUACACAAGGAUAGAAAUGCUGUACUUUAAAAAAAUGAAACGGUGUAAUUCUUCCGGAUUCCUUGACUGAUGUCUGUUUGUGCACAUCCAGUGGAACACAAGAGGAGAAGGAGGGGGCGGACGGUCCCAGAAACAUGAACAUUCUUGAAUGUUCAUGAAUAUGUUAUGAGUGUAGAUUUUGUCGUUGCUGAUCUUUGCGAGUAGAUCUCGGUGCUGAUGUGUUUCUGGGACGUUAAAAAAAAAUUGGGGGGGAGCUUUGUCUCAGCUUUCUAUACAGGAACCGCUGUUUUCCUUCCCUGCUGUUGACCAUCAAGACUUCCACACGCAAAUCUAAUACAUAAAAAUCCCGUCCUCGUUUUAUCGCCCUCGCGUCAUGUCAAACCUGUUUCUGCGGAACACAAAAGAAGAUACUUUAAAGAACCAAACACCAAUUAUUGGCUUCCAUUGAAUGGACACGAAGCAGCUGAGACAUCUUCUUUUGAAAAAAAAAAGUUGCAUACGGGUUUUGAAAGUCAUGAGGGUUAAUAAACGAUGACGGUUUUGAUUUUCGGGUUCCUUUAUAGUCGUUAUUGUCCAUAAACGUGACGGAACCCGGCGAUGGCGUCAAGGUUUUCUUUACGGUUGGUUAUGGACUUCUAGCGUUCCUAAGCAGUGAUGGUUUUUGAUUUCUGGCUUUCCCGUUCAAAGCGCUUCGUGGUGUUGUCGAAGGUGUUGUGUCGAUGUGUCGCGUGUUAGAGGAAGCAUAAGUACAGUAUGUGCCUUCAUGUUAUCUCUUCGGUGAGCUUGUUAUUAUUAAGAAGCUGACGCCAGCCAGUUGUGUUUGCACUAAAACCAAAUCGCUUUCGUGACGUAGGUUCGUUCAAGCAAGCUUGUUGCGGUGUGCAUGAGGGUGAUCUUCCAUGCGUUCUAGAGAUAGAGCUCUUAUCUGUUGAGUCGUAAACUAGAAAAUCUCCGUUCCGUUUCGUUUGGGAUCUUCAUCGUCACGUCUCGCGGUGAAAUAUUCCACGUUUAACACGCGUACACACAACAGAUUCUAAAGUAGAGUAUUUCAGACAUCUGUGGAAGAGACGCUCACGCGUCGCUCUGAAUCAAUGGGGAUGCAUGUGUUCAUGAGGUCGCCUCAAGACUAUUGGUCACACUGUUUUCGUUUUGGGUUCCUCUUGUUUUGCGUUGCGUUGAAUUUGUAACGCAUUUUGAUUUGGUUUAAUGAUACCUAAAAAAAAGGCCUACAUGCUUUUCAGUCUUACAAAUGCACCUUAUUCUCGCCCGUCCGAACGGGACGGGUUUUGUAAUAUCUCUAGUUUGGCACCUUACUCUACACAGCAUGAUUUCACUUUAUGCCGGUUUUGCUAUACUUCCAUGCGUAUAUGAUUUGAACGAAAAAAUUUACCUUAUAUAUAUAUAUUUUGUGAAAAAUAUUCAAAGGGAUGUGCCAAAGUUUCGAGGCGAUCUCCCUUGUUUUUAUGCGUAUUAUUGGUUUUUUGUUUCUGUUUCCGUUUCUUCUGCUUCAGUUAUUUCAGUGGUAUCUUACGAAUAACCUUUCUUACAAAUGUGUUUAGAAAAAAAGAAAAAAAAUCAGCAAACAGUAUCAUUACUUGCCAUUUUACAGUAAGCCCUGUAUUUUCACGUAUAUUUACCAGUGAUGUGUAUUUGUUAUUAUACAGAAAAUAGCCGUAAACGCUUCAUUAUGUUACAUAAUAUUGUGACUUUUUUUGGAAAAAACUGUGAAGACUUGCAUAUACUUUAUACAGAAGUAUUAAGCCUUAAUGCAAAAGACUAAAAAAAAACGAGUGGAAGAAGAACUGAUUGUUGCAAAGUAAGGAUGAUUUUUUGUAAAUGUUACCAGCACCUUUUUUUGUAAUUUUCACUCUCUGAGGUAUUGUACAAGUUCACUCUGUUUGUGAAGUUUGAAUAUGAAGGAAUAAAAAAUAGUACUUUCCUGUACUUUACAGGACGUGA